CACGAGACCUUCCGGCGGAGCUGUAGUUCCCAUAGGAACCUAACUGAUGAAGGAACCAGUGCUUUAGAUCAGAUGGUAGUCUUUCAGUAAAUUCAGCAGGAUUUUUUUUUAUGGUAAAAUCUUCCAAAUCGUGUGCACUUUAUCACACGGUAGCGAUGUCCCAGUGUAUCUGGCAUGCCCGCUGUUCUGUAACAUGAGUUUGUUUAGAGAGGGAUGUCAAGUAGUUUGUUAGCAUUAACAGCUAAUCUCACAUGUAAACAGUCAUUCUGAUGAUAUUUACGAGUCGCGAUUUGGUCGCUAUUACGUUUAUAUUUCAAUCAAGUUCAGCAGUAAUGCGGCUGUGCUUUAGAGCCUGCUGGAUUUUCUAACAGGUUCAACCAGGAUAGAAAACGCCAGUCAUAUGCAUGGUAAUACCAGUCAUACCCAGUGCACAUGUAUUUCAACAUUAGGUUCUUCCAGCAGGUCAACCAUGUUCUGAUGUUCAGCCAUGCAGGACAGUGCGGAUCUCGAGGCCCAGCUAGCCUCUAAGGAACGGGAAUGGAAAGAGCUCCAGGCUUUGCGUAUUCAGCAGCUGGAGACUGCGCUGUCUGAAGCUACUAGUGAGCUUUCGAAACAGAGGGAGCGCUUCCUGCAAUUACGAGAUGAUUUCCAGUAUAACCUGCGUGUGCUGGAGGAACGGGACCAAGAGCUGGAGCGCUACGAUGCCAUGGCUGUCCGCAUGCAGUCGGAAGACAGUGCCUGGCAAACAGAGCUCAGUGAGCUGAGGAUCCAGCUUGCCAAACUACAGGAUGCCCUCAGGGAGGAAAAAAAGCAAAAAGAGGAUUUGCAGGCUCAGUAUCAGAAGAGGGGAGUGGAGCACCAGCUACAGCUGGAGAGAGUAUACAGUAUGAAGGAUAACGAAAUUCAGACACUUAGACAAGAGAAUGAGAUCCUGAGACGGGAUCUCCAGCGCAGAAUCCAGGCAUCAGAUGGGGAGUUGGCACUGCAGAAACAAGAACUGUUGGCAGACUUCGACAGCGAGAUGCGAAAACGGGAACACGAGUUCAAUCUGAGACUGGAUGAGAUGCGUAAUGUUGUGCUGGCUAAUGAGCUCAAGGUGCAGCUUUUAAACAAAGAAUUGGACGUUCACACCAAAGCUCGCAGCGAGGCUGACGAGGCACUACAGCUGUCUGAGCAACUCUGUCAACAGGCGCAGAAAGAGAUCCUACAAAGGGACUGGGAUCUUAAGAACACAUCUGCACUCAAAGACUCAAGAAUUAAAGAGCUUGAGGAAAAAGUGACCCAACUGAAGGCUAAGUGUAAAAAAGAAGAAGUCGUCCAUAACAGGAAGUAUGCAGAGUUGGAGUGCAGGGCACAGGAGAGAGAAACUGCUCUGGACGCCAUUAAGGAGGCUCAUGCAGCUGACCUGAACAAGGAGAAAAAGAAAGCCACACAGCUCCAGAUGCAGCUAGACAGCAUGGGCAUGGAGCAAAAAAGGAGAGAGACAAGACAUGAAGAUGAGAUAUCACUCAGAGAAAAACAGAUCCAGAAGCUCCGUGCCCAGCUGGAGAGAAAACAGGCUGACUGGGAUGCUUAUAUCACCCAGGUCUCUAAAGAAACAGUUGCCAAGGACACUGAACUGCUGUCUGCAGGAGACCGAGAAGCCAAAAUCAAAGCAGAUCUGCGGAAAUGUAAAGAGGAUUUGGAUAGGUAUAAGCAGCAGUUGGCCAGAGCAGUUGAGAGGGAACAGGCUUUGGAGCAGAAGUGUGUGCAGUUGGAGUUGGACUGGGAGCGUCGCUGUGAGGAAGUACGUGCUGAACACUACCUCAGAAGUGAGGAGCUCAUCCAUGGACUGACCCAAUCAAGAGAAAGGACAAAUGCUGAAUUGAAGGAGAAGGAGCGAGAACUGCAGGAAACUAUUGCCUUGCUAAGGACCAUAGAGAGGGACCGGGCCCUACAUGGACUUACCUCAAACACAAUUUCUCAGGUGGCUGGAGUGGACAGCAACAGUUUUCUUUCAGAGGAGAUACAGAGGCUCCAGCAGCAGAACAGCAACCUGCGGGAGGUGGUAACUGAGAUGAGGAAACAAAUGGAGACUAUCAGCACUGAAGUGCCCCUAACUCAAAACCCAAUGACAACUCAGCCCACUAAGACAAUACCCUCCUCCACUGCAGGAACUGCAGAAUACAACCAGGCACUAGAAAAGGAACUUCAAAACCUGAAGGCUAAAUGUAGACAUCUUGAAGAUAAAUUAGAGGAAGCCUCUAAGACUAAUCACAUUCCCACUUCUACAAGUAUGUUUCCUGUUUCCCCUGAGAAUGCCUACCUCCAAAACCACAUCAGAUCCCUCAAUGAAACUAUAGGUGGACUGCGUGCUGAAAAAGUAGCUAUCUCGGCCGCUUUAAAGAAGCAGAAAGUGAGGCUGGCCCACUUGGAAUCAAUGGUGACUCAACUCACACAGCAGUGUCACUCAAGACAAAUGGAGAAUGAAGCAUUACAAAUUGAACUGGCCAAUCUAAAAAGAGAAACAGCUGCUGAAGAGGCAAGCCUGAAGCAAAGGUUGACUGCUGCAGAGGUGCAGCUUGAGGAGGUGAAGAAAGAGGCAGAAGAGUACCAAAAAGGCAGUGUUCUUCAUAACCUGGAAACAGUUGCCCUUGGCAACCAGGUCUCUGCACUUAAACUGGACAUUGCAAGCAGGAAAGAGCCCAUCAUACUUGAACAGAGCGAGAUAGUGAAGCAGCUUCAGGAGGAGAAUCUCAGUCUGAGGCAGCAGCUACUGUUACAGGGUAAUGGCAGAGGAAAUGAUUUUGGCAAUCUCCAUCUGCUCCAAACCAAACUCAAACAGGCAGCUCGUUUGAUAUCUCGCCUGAGCCAGGACAAACAACAGCUCAUUGAGUUGGGCAACAGACUCAGGGCUCAGCUGAUAGAGUCGGGGUUGGAUGAUUUGCAACAUCCUGAAACAAGAUCCAAACCAAGCCAUUCUGAGAAAGAACUCUCUAAAGAUGAGUCCGAUGCCCAUCCACAUGAUCGUUUAUCCGCCCUGGAACAACUUCAGUACAAGCUUACUACUCAGGAAUUGCAAUAUGCACAAAGAUAUCAGAAUAAAAAAAAUCCAAUUAUAGUUCACCCCCCGUCUGUGAGUGGAAGUGGUGCCAGUGACAGCAACCCAUGGGAACUGCCAAAAAAAGUUAGAGUCCCGCAUUCAGUCAGUAAAGAGAACACUCCCCCUGUUCAGUCGCAGUCUAAGGGCCCAGUGCUUCAGGCCAGCUCUCCCCCUACCCUGCUGUCCUCUGUGGGUACUGAUGAGUCUCUGCAGGAUGUGUGGAAGUUGUUGGAGCAUGGUUUAAGUUCGACAGUGCUCACUUCUAGUAACACUGAGGACCAAGAUGCGGUUCCUGUAUCACCCAGAGCCAAUGAGCACAGCAGUACCACACAUCCUAAAUUACCAGUUAGAGUUCAGGGCUUGAAAGCAGCGAUCCAGGAAGGAAAGACACAAGCCAGAACAAUAUCUGAACCUGGUAAAAAGGCAAGGCCUGCUGGUAAAGCGGUCAAGAUUCGAAAUUACAACAUCAAAGACUGAAACUAUACAGGUACAAAAUGUUAUGUCUUUAGUGCCAUUUGGCAGACACCCUUAUCCAGUGCGACUUACAAUAUACUUUUAUGCCCCCAUUAAUAAGGUAUAAAAUUUUUAAUUGUAAUAGCACUAAUGUAAAAUUACUAUACAACAAAACUGAUUGAUAUUUUGCCUUAACAUGGACUAUGCUAAGUUUGAUAGGAAGCAAGUAUUUCCUUGUUUUAAAUAAUGUAUUUUGAUACUAAGCUCUGUCAAAUAUAUUAAAUCAGUUGCCUUAUCUCUAAAUGAGGUUUUAGCAUAUGCACAAUUUGUAAAUGUAUAUAACAAAUAACGCUUUGUUUUUGUGUUACUGAAAUGCAUUGGUAAUAAAAGAAUUUAUACUCAGUAA